AUGAAGAUCCCACCUCGAUGCAUGCUCACAACUCAGCUCGUCGGAACCCUAGUUGUAGGGAUGAUGAAUCUCGCGGGGCUUCAUCCCGUAAUUCCAUGGACAUCCCCCAAAUUCAAAGUUAUAUUUGAUGCUUUUGUGAUUUGGGGAGUCAUCGGACCUGAACGAAUCUUUUGUUCACAACUCAGCCCUACCCCCCUCUAUAUCUGGUCGGAAUCGGCGAUGAGCAGCAAGGCGGCGACGGCAAUCUACUAUGGUGGUCGGGGUCCGUUCCAGUGGCCCCGGUUACUCUGUAUCUAG